AGCGAUAGGAAGAAUGACUGGUCUCUUCGCAGUUCUUGAUCCGGAACUUAUUGUCAAGGAACCCCGGAAGAGGUAAACCGAGCGAUAAAAGCGUGUUCGCUACUCAAAAGUGAAGAACCGAAAGACGCGAGCAAGACGGAUUGGUGCUCUAGAUGCUCUCCAAAUCCUUGGUGAUGGAAUAUUUGACUCAUCCUGGUGUACUCAGCUUGGCUGCUGGAGUUGCUUGCGGCAUGUGCCUGGGCUGGGGCCUCCGUGUACGUUUUGGGAUGAUCCCCAAAAGCUCAGUGAGUGAGAAAGAGAGAGAGACUGGAACUGAAGCAAGCAUCUUAGGAGAGAGUGGGGAAUACAAAAUGAUUCUUGUGGUUCGAAAUGACUUAAAGAUGGGAAAAGGGAAAGUGGCUGCCCAGUGUUCUCAUGCUGCUGUUUCUGCCUACAAGAAAAUUCAAAGGAGAAACCCUGAAUUGCUCAAACAAUGGGAAUACUGUGGCCAACCCAAAGUGGUGGUGAAAGCUCCUGAUGAAGAAACUCUGGUUGAAUUAUUGACCCAUGCGAAAAUGCUGGGACUGACUGUCAGUUUAAUCCAAGAUGCUGGACGUACUCAGAUUCCACCAGGCUCUCAAACAGUCUUAGGAAUUGGGCCAGGACCAGCAGACCUGGUUGACAAAGUCACUGGUCACCUUAAACUUUACUAAGUGGAAUUUUGUAUGAUGAUGGUUCCAGCGCCGCAUUGAAACUGUCAAAUUCUAACAAUAAAAGCUGAAUUUCUUCCCCUAA